AUGUUCAAAUUGUUAGAUACAAUCAUUUCAGUUCCUUUGCCUCUUCUUUCUCAUCAUUCUCAUCUUCUCUUCCUCCUUCUUUUUUCAAUUUCUCUUCCUUCUCUUUUUCAAUUUCUUUUUUAUUCACUUUUUCAAUUUCACUUCCUUCUCUUUUUCAAUUUCACUUCCUUCUUCUCUUUUCCAAUUUCUCUUUUUUCUUCUCUUUUCCAACUUCUCUUUUUUCUUCUCUUUUUCAACUUCUCUUUUUUCUUCUCUUUUUCAACUUCUCUUCCUUCUUCUCUUUUUCAACUUCUCUUUUUUCUUCUCUUUUUCAAUUUCUCUUCCUUCUAUUUCCAAUUUUAUCAACUUUGCUUUCUUAUUCUAUUUUCUAACUGCUUUCCUUUUUUUUUAUCUAUUUUCCAACUUUCUUACUUUCUCCUUUUUCUCUUUUCAACUUCUCUAGCUUUAGCUUCUCUUUUGACGCUUUUCCAAAUUCUCUUCUUUCUCUUUUUUCAUUUUCAACUUCUCUUCCUCUUACUUUUCCAACUUCUCUAUUUUCCUGGCUUUUUUUCCUCUUUCCCCAAACUAAUCUUUCUCUUCCCCAAUUUCUUUCCUUUCUCUUUUCUAACUUGUCUAUAUUUUCUUUUGCCUCUUUUCCAAAUUUUCUUUCUCCUCUUUUUCCUUUUCAACUUCUCUUCCUCUUACUUUUCCCCUUUUCCAACUUCCCUACCUUCUUGGCUUUUCUCUCUUUUCCCAAACUCUUUUUCUUCUCCACUUUCUUUCCUUUCUCUUUUCCAACUUUCUGAUACUCUUUCAUUACAUUUAUUAUUUUACUUCAUCUUCAUUUCAUUCUCUUUUUUCAUCUUCCUCCAUUUCAUUCAUUUUCAUUCAUUUCCCUUCAUUUCAUUCUCUUUUUUCAUCUUCCAUCAUUUAUUGAUAUUUCCCACAUUUUCCUUCAUUUCAUUUUCUUUUCUUCAUUUUCCUUCUUUCAUUAUCUUUAACUCAUUCUAUUCUUUUUUAAUUUUCCUUCAUUUCAUUCCCUUUCUUUCAUCUUCCUUUAAUUCAUUAUCUUUCCCUCAUUUUUCUUCAUUUCAUUCUCUUUUCUUCAACAUCUUUCAUUUCAUUAUCUUUCCCUCAUUUUCCUUCAUUCCAUUCUCUUUACUUCAUUUUCCUUCAUUUCAUGAUAUUUCCCACAUUUUCCAUAAUUUCAUUCUCUUUUUUUCAUUUUCCUUCAUUUUAUUCACUUUCCUUCAUUUCAUUCCCUUUUUCUAUUAUUUUUUUCUUCCUCUUUUUCUCAUCAUUCAUCAUUAG